UGUUUUUAGCUGCCAUUGGGAAUGGAGAUUUGUUUUGCCCCUCUGCCAGCCCGAGUAAUAUAAAAUGUAGGUCCAUCAUUAUGUGUGGUGUGGUACCCUGCCUCCCUAUUUCUGCUCAGCUCAGCAAGGCGUUUGCUUUUCCAGGAAUGGGAUGAGACUAGCAAAGCAAAACCAUCCACGCUUCAGAAAAAAUGGGGGAAAGAAACAGUACCUGGUGUGGCAGCAUUGCCCCAGCUCUUUCUCUCAGCAUUGCCCAUCCAAACGUGGCACCUGCUCUCCCUCCGUGCACAAUUGGGCAUGCACAGGUCUGGGGCGCACAGAGCCCGCCCAAUGAGGAACGUCACUCCGGUUUCAAUGCACACACGCUAGAGGAAGCAGGAGGGCAGCCGCCUCCAAUAAACACUCCGUUUGCAAAGGCAGUAAGCCUGGCUGCAUGCAGUCGGCACUCGAGGCAUUGUCACACCGAAGGACAGACCGCCAUGUGCCACCCAGGACUAACCCGGCUGCUGCUCUUCCAUCUGCUGCUGAUCAAGCUGCCCACUGGCAAAGGCGCCGCAAAGGAGUGCGAGGAGGAUCAGUUCCAGUGCCGGAACGAGCGGUGCAUCCCCGCCAUCUGGAAAUGCGACGAGGAUGACGAUUGCUCGGACAAUAGCGACGAGGCGGAUUGCC